AGUCUAUCUAAUAUCUACGCUACUAUUGACAUCCUAGGCACUGGUCCCAAGAUAGCAAUGACAGCUUACCGGUGCUGAACGGUUAAUGGGCAAUGCGUUCGCUACGUAUCGUUCGGCUUUCAUCAUGCAUAGGUUUUUGCGUUGUUCUCGCAAAAUUGCUCCAGGGUUCUGCUGUCGCAGGCCCCACGCAUAACCAACCGGGGUUUCAAGGCGCGCCUACUCCGCAAGACCAUGGCUUCUUCUUCUACGGCCUGUCAAACCGCCUGCCGCCCCAGCUGCGAUGGAGCCUAGGACUUUCCUCUCCACCCCCCACCAGCCCCGCAGCGACAAAGCGCCCCAUCAGGGCCCCAACACCAUCAACACAGCCGGUCUCAGCGGGCCCCACCUACGGCCUGCAGCCGGGGUUCCCCCUGCAGGAGUUGGACUGGGAGGGCGCCUGCUAUGAUGCGGCGGCGGAUGGGCUCAUGGCUCCCGGGGGCAGCGCAGGCGGCAGCAGCAGCAGCAGCAGCGGCCAGGCACCCACCACCACCACCACCACCGCUGCGGGUGUUGCUGCUGAGCCCGGCUCCCGCUCCCGGCCACCCGUCAUCUUCCUGCCCCCGCUGACAGGCACGGAGCUGCAGGGCCGGCUGGACGGCAAGCCCUCCGUGCCCCGCUGGUGGUGCUCCCGGCGCACCUCGGGCUGGUUCA